AUGGCUCUCCAACGCUGUGGUCUCCCAGCCUUCUUCAGUGCCUGUCAUCGUGGAUUCGGACGACGCGUCUAUGCGCGGGCCUACGCGGCCGUCGGGUCCACCACAUACGUUGGCCAGCCACCCCCGCCUCCAUCCCCAUCGUCUUCUCUCCCGACUGCACCUCCUACGGCCCCCAAUUUUCCUUCUGUUUUCGAUGCUCGCAUUCUAUCAGAGCUCCGCCAUCGCGCCCAACCACCUCCUGGUAGCACCUCCUCCGUCCAAAUACAGCUUCCACAGCUGAUUGACCAGUACCUGGACCGGAGCGGGCUUGUUCUCGACAGCGCUCUGUCGUAUGAAUCGCGCCCUGCAUCAGAGAGGCAAGUGCUGUUCGAUGAAAACGGAGACGAUGCCAUCGCCAUGAUUGUGCACGCCGCCCAACAGGCGGGUGUGGGGCACAAAGUUACACAUGCCUCUGGCUUUGCCCUUAACGUGCCCGGCUUAGAGGGGCAAUCGGUCUUCGUCACUUGCGCGCAUACGUUGGAAGAGAUUAGACACAGCCGUCUUCUGCGUUCGCAUGCAGAACACCCUAGCCUCUCAGGCUCGUUCAUCGUCACAGGCAGCUCUUCGCCGACGUUCAGCCCCGUGUCGUCCGUCCUUUCCUCCCUUUAUCGAUCAGAUUUACUCCUGCUCUCCACCUCCACCCCGGUCCCUCUCAUCCGCACACUUCCCGUCUCGCCGUAUCCCGCACAGCCCGGGACACCUAUCCGCGUACACUUUGUGGCCGAGAAGCCUCAAAUUUGCGGGGCUGACGCAGAAGGGUGGCGACCCUGGAUCGAUGGGACCUGGAGUAAAUGGGUGAGAGGGACGCUUGUGGGGUACCGUGAUUUAGCUGGGCGAGAGGCCAAGCCCGGAACCUAUGAUGCGCUUUCCCAUUUAAUUUUCGACCCUCCGCCGACUCCGGGUUCGAGUGGCGGGCCUAUCAUUGACGAGCAAAGCGGUGCUGUCGUCGGUGUAAUGCUAGGUACACAAAUGCAGAACAGGGUAGAAGGGGUGCGUGGAUGGGGGGUGCCGUCUGAGCUGAUUUUUGAGAUGUUCAGCUUACCUGGGUUGAAGCUCACGAACAAGACAUGA